AUGGGGAACCAGGAUGGGAAGCUGAAGAGGAGCGCAGGUGAUGCCCUGCACGAAGGCGGAAGCAGCGCAGAGGAUGCUGUUGGGCCCAGAGAUGUGGAAGCCACAAAGAAGGGGAGCGGGGGCAAAAAGGCGCUGGGGAAGCACGGCAAGGGGGGAGGGGGUGGCGGCGGGGGGGAGCCAGGCAAGAAGAAGAGCAAGUCGGAAUCUAGAGCCUCAGUGUUUUCCAACCUGCGGAUCAGGAAGAACCUGUCCAAGGGGAAAAGCACUGGCGGCUCCCGCGAGGAUGUGCUGGACUCCCAGGCCCUGCAGACCGGGGAGCUGGACAGCGCGCAUUCUCUGGUCACCAAGACUCCAGACCUCAGCCUCUCGGCAGACGAGACGGGCCUGUCGGAUACCGAGUGUGCUGACCCAUUCGAGGUAGCCCGUCCAAGUGGCCAUGGACCCACUGAUGCAGGGGUUGGGGGCAGGGUGGUCUUGGAGGAUUUGGAAACAGCCGUGGGGAUGCAGGAUGGACAAAGGACCAGUUCAGGCUCGGACACGGACAUCUAUAGCUUCCACUCGGCCACGGAGCAAGAGGAUUUGCUUUCAGACAUUCAGCAGGCGAUCCGCCAGCAGCAGCAGCGGCAGCAGCAGCGGGGCUCCGAGGAGCCUGCAGCGCCCUCCGCAGCCGCCUCCCCCCAGCCCGGGGCCUUCUUGGGCCUGGACCAGUACUUGCUGGGGUCCAGCAGCGCAGCCCGAGAGGCCCCUUGCAGUCCUGACCCGGAGCGGGCUCUGUCUGCGCUGUCUGACCUGCCUGGCAGCCUGGCCACGGAGCCCCAGGUGCCUGAGCAGCCACCGCCCCCCAGCGGCCCUGGAGCCUUGGCGAUGCCUGGCCUGCCUGAGGGCCAGCCCGCAGCCGCAGCCUCGCCCUCCUCCCCCGCCUUCCCGUUCCCUGAGGCCCGGCCGGGAGAGGGCUCGGCCAGAGCCGCCGGCCCAGGGGCUGGGGACACUGACGAGGAGGGCGAGGAAGAUGCAUUUGAGGAUGCCCCCCGAGACUCUCCAGGGGAGACGUGGGGCCCGGGGGUGGGAGAGAUUCCCCCGAGGCUGGGGGCAGAGCCCGAGGGGGAGCCCAGCAGGCCCGGCGCCCCGGCAGCUGCCUCCCUGCCCAGCAGCCCUGCGCCCAGCCCGCGCUGCUUCAAGCCCUACCCGCUCAUCACUCCCUGCUACAUCAAGACCACCACCCGGCAGCUCAGCUCGCCUAAUCACUCUCCCUCUCAGUCCCCCAGCCAGAGCCCCAGGAUCAAGAGGCGGCUAGAGCCCUCCCUGAGCCGGGGGCCCAGGGCUGCCCUAGUCUCGGCCGCCGCUCCAGCCAAGAAGCACCGGGCUGAGAGCGGCCUCGCUUGCGGCCUCAGCCGCUCGGCCGACUGGACUGAGGAGCUGGGCAGCCGCGCGCCCCCGGCCGGGGGCUCUGCGCACCUGCUGGAACGCGGGGCGGCCUCGGAGGGGAGUGGCGGGGCGCCACCAGCGCAGGCAGCCAAGGUGUCUGGGGCACAGGCGGCUGCUGAUUGUUUCCAGAACGUGUUCACAGGGCGAACUCUGUUGGAGAAGCUAUUCAGCCAGCAGGAGAACGGGCCUCCAGAAGAAGCAGAGAAGUUUUGCUCCCGGAUCAUUGCCAUGGGUCUUCUACUUCCUUUCAGUGACUGCUUCAGGGAACCAUGUGAUCGAAAUGCCCAAUCAAGUUCAGCUCCGUUUGAUCAAGAUCAACUUUAUACCUGGGCUGCAGUCAGCCAACCCACUCACUCACUGGAUUACACAGAAGGGCAGUUUCCCAGGCGAGUCCCGUCUGUUUGGCCCCCAUCGAAACCUCCUGAUGAAGAACACAGGCCGAAGGAUGCUGAAACAGAAUCUCAGUCUGCUGUUCUGGAAACUCCAAAAAAAUGUUCAGAUGCUGUUCAGCGGGUGGUCAAGUUAUUAAGCAACAAAAGAUCACAAGCAGUUGGAAUAUUAAUGUCUAGCCUUCAUUUAGAUAUGAAAGAUAUACAACAUGCUGUUGUGAACUUGGACAAUUCUGUGGUUGAUCUGGAGACCCUUCAAGCUCUCUAUGAGAAUAGAGCACAGUCAGAUGAACUGGAAAAAAUUGAAAAGCACGGCCGGUCCUCCAAAGACAAGGAAAAUGCCAAGUCUCUGGACAAACCUGAACAGUUCCUUUAUGAACUGUCACUAAUCCCCAACUUCUCAGAGAGAGUCUUUUGUAUUCUGUUCCAGUCCACGUUUUCAGAAAGCAUUUGCUCAAUUCGUCGCAAACUGGAAUUGCUACAGAAGUUGUGUGAGACAUUAAAAAAUGGCCCAGGGGUUAUGCAGAUCCUGGGUUUGGUUCUUGCUUUUGGCAACUACAUGAAUGGAGGGAAUAAGACUCGAGGACAGGCCGAUGGCUUCGGAUUAGACAUUCUUCCAAAGCUGAAAGAUGUCAAAAGCAGUGACAAUAGCAGAAGCCUUUUGUCAUAUAUUGUUUCCUAUUAUCUUCGAAAUUUUGAUGAGGAUGCUGGAAAAGAACAGUGUGUUUUUCCACUGCCAGAACCCCAGGACCUUUUUCAGGCCUCACAGAUGAAGUUUGAAGAUUUUCAAAAAGAUCUCAGAAAACUAAAGAAAGACCUGAAAGCUAAAAUUGAUCAAGAGGCAGAGGAAAACUCACUGACAGAGACUCAUAAAUGCUUUUUGGAGACUACAGCCUAUUUCUUCAUGAAACCAAAAAUUGGAGAGAAGGAGGUGUCCCCAAAUGUUUUCUUCAGUAUCUGGCAUGAAUUCAGCUCUGACUUUAAAGAUUUUUGGAAGAAAGAGAACAAACUCAUUCUACAAGAAAGAGUAAAAGAAGCCGAAGAGGUGUGCAGGCAGAAAAAGGGGAAAUCACUUUAUAAAAUAAAACCAAGACAUGACUCUGGAAUUAAAGCAAAAAUAAGCAUGAAAACCUGA